AUGACGAAACUGGUGUCAUUUGAUGAUGUGGCUGUGGACUUCAGCUGGGAGGAGUGGCAGGACUUGGAUUUUUCUCAGAGGACCCUGUACAGAGAUGUAAUGCUGGAGACCUAUAGCAACCUGGUGUCCUUGGGGCCCUGUGUUCCUAAACCUAACUUGAUUGUCAAGCUGGAGGAAGGUGCAGAACCAUGGAUAGGAGAAGCCUCAGACAAGAAUUACACAAAUGUCCAAGAAAUGGAGGAUGUGAUUAAGGACUUCCAGGAAAGUCCACGUGAAUGUCUGUGUGAAGUAGCUGUCAAAAAUAGUAACACAGUAGAAGAAAGUAUGAGAACUUUUGAUUUGAGUGAUGAGCAGCAAAAGUCUACUCUCCUUGCCCAAGAAAUACUUCAGGGACAGAGGAAAACACCUGAAUGCAAUGGAUGUGGAAAAAGUUUCGAUUUAAGUAGUAUAGUCACUACACAUCAGAAAAUGUGCACAAGAGAGAAUCCUUGUACAUAUAAUGUAUGUAAAAAACCUUUCAGUAGGGAAAUUGUCCUUGCAAAACCCCAUAGCAAAUAUGCAGAGAAGUCCAAUGAUUAUAUCCAGUGUGAAAAAUCUAUGUCUCAGAAGUCAGAUCUGACUUUCCCACCUCAAACACCCACAGAAGAUAAACCCUAUCAAUAUGAGGGAUGUAGGACAAAUUCUACCCAGAAGUCAGCUCUCAACCAGUAUCAGAGAAGUCACACAGAAGAGAGAAAUUAUGAAUGCGACAAAUGUGGAAUGUUUUUCAGACUGAAGUCAUACCUCACUUCACAUCAGAGAAGACACACAGGAGAGAAACCUUAUAAAUGUAACAGGUGUGGAAUGUCUUUCACCUGGACGUCACAACUUACUAUCCAUCGGAGAACACACACAGGAGAGAAACCUUAUGAAUGUAACAGGUGUGGAAAGCCUUUCAUCCGGAAGACACAACUUACUGCCCAUCAGAGAACACACACAGGAGAGAAACCUUAUGAAUGUAACAGGGCAGAUCUUAAUGUCCAUCAGCAAAAACACACUGGGGAAAAACUUUAUGAAUGUAACAGGUGUGGAAAGUCUUUCACCCGGAAGACAGAGCUUAACAUCCAUCAGAGAAUACACACAGGAGAGAAACCUUAUGAAUGUAACAGGUGUGGAAAGCCCUUUACCCAGAAUUCACACCUCAUCAAGCAUAAGAGAAUUCACACUAGUGAGAAAUCUUAG